CCACGCCUUGGCUUUAAGGCAGCCACAUCAGCCUAUUCGCACUUUGGUCUGGUCUGGUUGACACCUUGUUGAGGCUCCUACUUCGUAUUGAUGGGCAUUGGAUUAUGAAUAGUUGAAACAGGUCAACACCGAAGCUUCAGACGGGUUGAACAAGCAUCAACCAGGGAGAUUUCGGCUAAGAAAUAGCUGGGUUAGCGUACCAUCACCAGUCGACAAUCGGACCACUGUGGAUCUAGCCUCAGUCAUUCUCACACUUCCCUUCUUCAGCCCUUUUCACAUGAUCGCCCACCACCAAUCGUUGUCAAUACCACGAAAGUACAUGAAAACGAUCGCCACCGUCCGAGUGUGUCCCUUGUCUCACCGCAACUUCCGGGCUUCCGGGAGGAGGUGAGCGCCUCGCCUCCUUUGCACAACAUACGGUAGCAAAUAGCCACACAGCCAGCCAGCCAUGACUCUCACAAACCCACCUUCGGCAGCAUCGGGGCCCGCCUCGGUAUCUGCGCGGCCUCAGACAUUAAAAAGGAGUGUCCAGGCUGCUUUUGAAGAUCCCAGCGACCGUGGUACCAAGGUGGGUUACCAGUCCAAGGUCAAGGUGAUGGAUAAGUACCGAGUCGUAGGAUUUAUCAGCAGCGGAACCUACGGGCGCGUGUACAAGGCACAUGGGCGGCAAGGCCAGCCAGGCGACUUCGCCAUUAAGAAGUUCAAGCCCGAUAAGGAGGGUGAGCAAAUCCAGUAUACAGGCAUUUCUCAAUCUGCCAUUCGGGAAAUGGCCCUAUGCUCAGAACUGCGUCAUGACAACGUCAUCCGCCUAAUCGAGAUCAUUCUCGAGGACAAGUGCAUCUUCAUGGUCUUCGAGUAUGCCGAGCACGACCUCCUGCAGAUUAUCCACCACCACACGCAGCAACCGCGCCACACCAUACCGCCCAGUACCAUCAAGAGUAUCAUGUUCCAGCUGCUAAACGGGUGCCAGUACCUGCAUACCAACUGGGUUUUGCACCGUGAUCUCAAGCCCGCCAACAUUAUGGUGACCUCGUCAGGCCAUGUCAAGAUCGGCGACCUCGGGCUCGCGCGGCUAUUCAACAAACCGCUCCACUCCCUGUUCAGUGGCGAUAAAGUCGUCGUGACAAUAUGGUAUCGCGCGCCCGAAUUGCUGCUAGGAAGCCGGCACUAUACACCUGCCAUCGACCUUUGGGCCGUAGGAUGCAUCUUCGCCGAACUGCUAUCGCUACGCCCCAUUUUCAAGGGCGAGGAAGCAAAGAUGGACAAGAAGACCGUCCCCUUCCAACGCAACCAAAUGCAGAAGAUCGUCGAGAUUAUGGGCCUACCCAAUAAAGAGCGCUGGCCCCUCCUAACGAGCAUGCCCGAGUACAGUAACUUGUCUACGCUCACGCCCCCCAUGCUCCACCCAGGCCAUCACCACCAUCCUCACCAUACACACCACAAGUCCUCAGCAGCGUCCACAAGCCAUCUAGAAAAGUGGUACCACAGCACCACAACCGCGCACUCGUCGACCUCGUCCCCGACGUCUAACGGCAGCCUCGCGUCUCUCGGAGGAGAAGGAUACAAACUCCUCGCAGGACUCCUCGAGUACGACCCCGAGAAGCGGUUGACAGCCGCGCAGGCGCUGCACCAUCCUUUCUUCGGCGGCUCAGGAUCGGCCUCAGGAAUGGGUCUUGGAAAUUCUUCGAGCGCGGAACGGAUAAGUAGUAAUUGUUUCGAGGGUCUAAAGACGGCGUAUCCCACACGCCGCGUCAGCCAAGAUGACAAUGACAUCCGCACGAGUAGCUUACCCGGCACAAAGCGGUCGGGUCUGCCGGAUGAUAGCCUCGUGGCACGUCCUGUUAAGAGAGUCAAAGAGGGGUAAAUCAAACCUGCUUAGUCCUCAUAGAGGAGGAAAUUGCAGAAAAGGGGAGAAAGGCAUAUCCCAUUUCUAUAUCUCCACCCAAGUCCGAAAUAUCUUCACAAGCACGAUUCUUGAUAUCUUCAAGCUGCCGAAUAAACACUCUACGCGCGAGUUAGAAGGGGUUAAAGCAGUUCGAAUCGGAGAGCGGCGCACAUGUCGAAUAAUAUCUGCGCCUCUACCUAUUUUCAUGAUACUACGGUUAUGCAUAGCCAGGCGUUCGGUUCAGGGAUAUUAUGUUUACGAUGCACGCGGUCUGUUUAGUUAAUUAUGUAUAUAAUCGGAUAGCAAGUCAAGUCAGGCGGAAGAAAUGCAAUCCAUAGUCCAAUCAAGUACAGAUCAGUCAAAUCCAGCACUAUAGGCUGAUGACUGUCACUAGUCUUAUAACU